GCAUAACAGGUGGCCAUGUCUCGCCCAGUGACGCUUAGUCGGUCACGGAAUUUGUUUGCAACAGGUGACCAGAAAAUAUGCGCAAAAAAUACUGACAGUAGAAUAGACACCUUCCACGAUUACUGAUAUGUGCGCUACAUUUACCGACAUUUCUCGCACCGAUGUUGUAGGCCAAUAAUUUUACCACAGAUCUUAUGUCGCCAUAGAUCCACGUUCAGUUGCACAGGUCGUCGCCGGUUUCCUCGCAAACGACUGUUUCCAGUUACACGAGGGAGCCGUCCGGCUGGUGUGGCCAGCUCUCCACAAUGCUCAACAUCACAGUGAAGACACUUGACUCGCGCAACCACCAGUUCUCGGUGGCCGAUGAUGCGACUGUGAAGGCGUUCAAAGAGCAGAUUGCCGGGACGGUGGGCAUCGCGGCCGGCCAGCAGCGGCUCAUCUACUGCGGCCGGGUGCUGCAGGACGACAAGCCACUGCGCCAGUAUGACGUGCACGAGAAGGUAGUGCACCUGGUGCAGCGGCCGCCACCUGGCCGUGGCCCGCAGCCGCCGCCGCCGCCGCCGCCCACCGGGCCACGGCCGCACCACCACCACGUGCACCAUCACCACCACCAUCACCACCCGCCGGUGGGCCAAGUGCUGGUGGGCUCGUUCGUGUCUGAUCGGCCGACCGGCGCGCCCACGCUCGGCACCUCGUCGAGCGGAGCCCGCCUCUUCCAAGCCCGCCAGAUGGUCCACCUGGCCAACAUCGCGCUAGAUGCCUACGAGAACGGUGAGGAGAUACCGCGUCUGGCGACGGCCGGCGGAGCGGCGCCACCGCCACCGGCGACGGGCCCCCGGCAGCCGCCGCCCGCGCCGCCACAGCAGCAGCAGCAGCGGCCGCCGUCCCAGCCAGGAGGGCCCCGUCCGCCGCACAUGGCCACAAUGUUCCCGAUGAUCAACGUGCACGUGGGCACGGCCGGCGGCUCAGACCUGCAGCAGGCCACCUCGGCGGCCCUGACGGCCGCGCUCAGCGCCGCCUCCAACGCCAUGCCGAUGGUGGGUCUGAUGCCGGGCGCCAUGGGGUCAGGUGUGCCCCCCGGCCGCUUCCAAUUCCACAUCCACCAGCGGCCGACGACUCCCACUGCUGGUCCGGCCGCGGCGCCGGCAGCCGGCGCCGCCCGACCGGACUCCUCAGGCUCGACGCCCUCUACGGGCCCAGCCGUCUCAUCUGCAGGGCCACCCACCACCGCGUCCGCUGCCCCUUCAGUCCCCCCUGCCGCGCCUGCUGUCUCCGCCACCGGGUCGGCAACGGCUUCCACUGGUGGCGAACGCGCCGCUUCUUCCACCCCCGCCGCUUCUUCCACCCCCGCCGGACGUACUGCUCCCUCUGAGGAGCCGGUCGCUGCCGCCACCGGCCAGGCGGCGACGGCCGGAUCGGGCGGCACGGCGUUCGUGGCGCACCCCAGCGCCGCCGUGUACGCGCGUCUGCUGGAGAUGGUGGCUGACCUGCAGGCUCGCCUGCGCCCCUACAUGGGCCGCUACCGCCGUCUCAUGCAAGACGACCGGCCGUGCGCCGACGCGGCGGCCGCGCGCGAGGCGCGCCGCCUCUUCCAGCACACCUCGGAGGCGAUGCACUACCUGGCGCACGCGCUGCAUCUCAGUAGUGAUAUGAUGCUCGACUUCGAGCAGGCGCCGCCGCGCCACAUGCGCGCCCGACCCGUCAUCUUCACGGAGACGCACCCGAUGCCGGCCAUGCAGCCAGUGCAGGCGCACAUCAACAUCACCACUAACAUCCACCGGGAGCGGCCGGGCGCGCCGGUGACGGACGCGGGCGCGCCGCCCGACGCCGGCGCGCCGCCGGAGCCGGCCGCGGCCCCGACGGCCGGAUCGCCGCCCGGACCGGCGGCCGCACCGGCACCCGCCGCCGACCCGGCCGACCCGCCACUUGACGACAACGCCAUGGAGACGGAGGACGUAAACGAGGUGCGCAUCGAGCUGGAGACGGUGACGACGGCGGCCGGUCCGGCGGCCGAUCAAACGAGCCCAGCUGCGCCCGCCGCCGACGGCCAGAACCUGCUCAACAACAUCGUCGAGGCGAUCCAGAACAGCGUGGUGGGCGCUCACCUGGAAGCGCAUGCGCCCGGUCUGCACCGCAACGUGCACGAGGCGGCGAUGGCGGCCCACCAGGCGGCAGUGAGUGCGGCGCUCCAGAUGCAGCCGGCGGCGACGACGCGGCCGACGGCGCAGCCGCAACCGCCGCUCGGCCACACGCCCGUGGUGCGCCACCUGGGCGCGAACCCGUUCGACCCGUUCCUGCAGUGUCACUCGUGGCACCAGGCGACGCACAGCGCGCGCAAGGAACGGCUGGUGGCGCGCGAGGCGGCUGAGGAGCGCGCCGCCGCCGCUGCCACCGCAGCCACAGCCGCCAGCACCGCUGCUGCCGCUGCUGCCAGCGCCGCUGCCAGCGCCGCCCUGAGCGCGACAGCGGAGCCGGUGCGGUCGGUGGGCGCGCUGGCGCCGGUGCGGCCGGGCGCCGAGUCGUGGCACUACGCGGUGCCGGCCGGCUGGCUGGCCACGCUCUGCCGUGACGCCGAGCUGCAGCGACGCCGGCCGUCGGCGGCGCGGCCCUUCAGUGACGGCUACCUGGCCGUGCAGCCGGCCGGUCGGCGCGCCGCGCUGCAGGCGCAGAAGCCGCGCGGCUCACUGGCUCAGCUUCAGCCGGCGCGGUACCCGGACGUGGGCCGGCUGGGCCGCCGCGAGUGA